UAGGGUUUCAAAAAGAAGAGGAUUGCAGAUUUAAAUUGAGUAAGGUGUGGAGUGCGGGAAGGUGACUGUAUCUGGACCCUCUAAAGAACCCUGAGGCAUUUGCCCAGAGCCUCAUACUCAUCAGACACACAGCAGACAUUGCAGGCUUGAAGAAAGCACUUUUUCCACUACCAUGGAAACCAUGCAAAGAAUGGAACAGACCGCAGCUGGCCUUGCUGUGCCCCAGCCUGCUGUUUUACACUCAUAUAUGUGGAAAGGGUUGCAAGAGAAGUUCUUGAAGGGAAAACCCAAAGUCCUUGGGACUGUGCAGAUCCUGAUUGCCCUGAUGAACCUCAGCAUGGGAAUAAUAAUGAUGAGUCUCACCGUGCCGUGUGUGGGAUUUGGAUUAUGUCCCAUGUCAGUGUACAGUGGAUACACAAUUUGGGGAUCACUGAUGUUCAUUGUUUCAGGAGCCCUGUCAAUUGCAGCAGAGAAAAGAACUACGAAAGGUCUGGUCCGAGGUAGUCUUGGACUGAACAUCACCAGCUCUGUCAUGGCUCUGUCAGGGGUCCUGAUCAAUGCAGUCAGUGCGAGUAUCUAUUCGUACCAAUACAAUUACUGUAACUACCGUCAGACGACGAAAAAUUGUUUCAUGUACACGUCCAUUUUAAUGGGUAUGGAUAUCUCGGUGGCUAUUUUCAGCAUGCUGGAAUUCUGCAUUGCUGUGUCCCUCUCUGCCUUUGGAUGCAAAGUCAUGUGUUGUAGCCCCGGUGGGGUUGUGAUAAUUGUGCCAUCAAAUCCUCACGCGGCUGAAGCGGCAACUCCUGCACCAUUUGACGGAGGUUCGACGCCACCAACAGAUCAAUAGAAAAAUCUUCCAGAAAAUCUGUGCUGAUUGUAAUGCAAGAACCCCAUAUGUGAAAGUACCAGGAUCCAACUCUGAUAUAUAUAUAUAAUAUAUGAAAAAUCCAAUUCUGAAAUGUAUAUACACACACAGAUAUAAAUAUACACAUUAUUUUUACUAAAGAACUUAAUAACUCAUUUUAGUGGCUCUUUAUCAGAGUAGUGGAAAUUAAAUAAAUAAAUCAUGCAUUUAUAAUGAGGCAACGUGAAAGUUUUUCAUUCAUCUUCAGGACUUUAUAUAAGGGCAUUAAAUUGGCAAAUAAAAUUUGCAGCAUAAGGGAAAAAAUAUUGUUGAACCAAGGCCUCCAUGAAAAUGUAUAUUUCUACUUUUUUCCCACCUUUGGAGACACAAAGUGCUUUUUCCUUUAGGAAGCUGAGAUACAUAGCUUCCGCCCUCCCUUUUCUUUCUCCUCCUUUCCUUCUCCCAUAGAAAGUAACUUGGAAUCACACAGUCAGUCCUUGCAUAUACGCAAGCCAUCAUUUGAGUAUAAGUACACAUUGGAAUAAAAAUUUCAUUGUGGAUCAGAUUCAACUUAUAGUUUCUAUCUAUUUCUUCUUCCUCCCCUCCCCUGUAUUGUGCAGAAUUAUACCUUCAUCAAAUUUGUAUCCAGUGCCCUAUCUGAAAAUGUGCAACACAUGGCAUUUGCUGAAUGUUUGUUAAACACACUUGCUGUUUUUUUGCAGAACAAAAAUAAAUAAAAUGAGAUGUGA